GCGGACAGAAAGAGUUGGUGAGCAAUACAAAAAAACUGCUUAAAUUCCAGGAAGUUUGACACCCACUUUUCAAACAUUAACUCAAUACCAAACCAAGCUCUCUCUCUCUCUCUUCAAAUCCCAGGGUUUCAUUUUUCUCUGAGUUUGCUGUUAAGAUCAUACAAGGAUCACAGCAAGAGCAAAAUCUUUGUUUGACUUGUAAAAUAGAAGCUUAGAAGAUGGGAUCAGGUGAAUGGUGCCUUCAGAAAAGAGAUAGCUUUAAGAGUGAUUCAUUUUCAACCAAUGAGAAUGUGCAGGAAACUGGGUGCCUCUCAAUUAUCGUUCUUGGUGCCUCUGGUGAUCUUGCCAAGAAGAAGACUUUCCCUGCUCUCUUUCAUCUUUAUUGCCAGGGAUUUCUACCACCAGAUGAGGUGCACAUUUUUGGCUAUGCAAGGACUAAGAUUUCAGAUGAUGAAUUGAGAAAUCGCAUUCGUGGAUAUCUUGUCAGUGACAGAAGUGCUUCACCCUUAGAAGAUGUAUCAAAGUUCUUACAGCUGAUUAAAUAUGUAAGCGGGUCAUAUGAUGCCGCUGAGGGCUUUCAACUGUUAGACAGGGAAAUUGCAGCGCAUGAAUUCUCGAAAAGUAGCCAAGAAGGGUCAUCACGGAGACUCUUUUAUCUUGCACUUCCGCCAUCAGUAUAUCCAUCUGUUUGCAGGAUGAUCAGGCAAUAUUGCAUGAAUAAAUCUGAUCUUGGUGGAUGGACUCGGAUUGUUGUUGAGAAGCCCUUUGGCAAAGAUUUGGACUCUGCAGAGCAACUGAGUUCCCAGAUUGGGGAGUUGUUUGAGGAACCACAAAUUUACCGUAUUGAUCACUAUUUGGGAAAGGAAUUAGUUCAGAACUUGUUGGUACUUCGUUUUGCUAAUCGCUUGUUCAUGCCCCUUUGGAAUCGUGACAACAUUGAUAAUGUACAGAUUGUUUUCAGAGAGGAUUUUGGAACUGAAGGUCGUGGUGGAUAUUUUGAUGAAUACGGAAUUAUCCGCGAUAUUAUCCAAAACCACCUGUUGCAGGUUCUUUGUCUUGUUGCUAUGGAGAAGCCUGUUUCUCUCAAACCUGAGCACAUUCGUGAUGAGAAAGUGAAGGUUCUUCAAUCAGUACUUCCAAUUAAAGAUGAAGAGGUUGUACUUGGACAAUAUGAAGGUUACACAGAUGAUCCAACAGUUCCUGACCACUCAAACACUCCAACAUUUGCAACUGUUAUUCUCCGUAUACAUAAUGAAAGAUGGGAAGGUGUUCCAUUUAUACUAAAGGCAGGGAAAGCAUUGAAUUCAAGAAAGGCAGAGAUACGUGUUCAAUUUAAGGAUGUUCCUGGUGAUAUAUUCAAAUGUAAAAAGCAAGGCAGAAAUGAAUUUGUGAUACGCCUGCAACCUUCUGAAGCCAUGUACAUGAAGCUAACAGUGAAGCAGCCUGGUCUGGAGAUGUCAACAGUGCAAAGUGAACUAGACUUGUCAUACAGGCAACGUUAUCAAAAUGUUAUAAUUCCUGAGGCUUAUGAACGUCUUAUUCUUGACACGAUAAGAGGUGAUCAGCAGCAUUUUGUUCGCAGAGAUGAAUUAAAGGCGGCAUGGGAGAUUUUCACGCCUCUUCUACACAGAAUUGACAAUGGUGAACUGAAGCCAACUCCAUACCAACCAGGCAGCCGUGGUCCUGCAGAAGCUGAUGAGCUUUCAGCUAAAGCUGGUUAUGUUCAAACACAUGGAUAUAUAUGGAUUCCUCCCACCUUGUAGAAACUUGCUAGCUUGCAGUAUUCCUUCAUCAGCACUGUAUAAGUUGAAGUUUUCGCUAAAGCCCGUUUGUAAUGCAUCCAAUAAAAUUGUAGCCGUGUAACCCUAUAUCAGCCGGGCCAGCCUGUUAUAGAGUGCCAUAAAAAUAUGCUUAGCCGAAGAGCUUUGUUCCCCUGCCUGUUUGAAGUAUGUACCUUUGCCGUACUUUGUGUGUAAAAUAUGAUUUGAUAUCCCUUUAAAUCAUAUUUCCAACUCUUUAUGAAGGGUCUUUCCUUGUCAUAGAAGAGAAGCUUUUGUUUCUGUUUUUCGAUAUGGCUGCUAAGGAAUCAGGCUGGCUUGACCCUAGAAUAAAGCUCUUCCGAACCUGUUUUGCUUGAGCCAUCUUUUUGUAGUUUGCAAGAAAUCUAUAGCUCCACUCUGAAUGAUAAA